AUGCAGACAGCCGUCGUCCUGUGCCUGCUGGUGGCGUUCUGCAGCGCUGCGCCCUCCACGAGAUCCCACUUGCCCAGACCGCGCCUCGAUGGCCGCAUCGUGGGCGGCGAGGCCGUAGACAUCUCGCAGUACCCCUGGCAGCUGUCGCUGCAGUGGCUGGGCUCGCACUUGUGCGGCUCCUCCAUCAUCAGCUCCACGUGGGUGCUGACGGCGGCGCACUGCCUUGAAGACAGCACACUCUACGUCCUGUCCAUCAGGGCCGGAACAUCCACUCAAGUAUGUGGCGGAGCUGUGUACGAUAUUGCUGAAGCAUAUUACCACAGAUCUUUCGACACCGACACCAUGGACUACGACAUCGGUGUCAUCCUGAUUGACGGAUCCUUCUCCUUCGACAGCAACGUUCAGGACCCGCAGCAGCUGCUGUCCGCAUCUCCCGUCUUCGACAGAGAACCCAUCCCCAAACCCAGACAAACGAUCUUUCUCAUCUCUACAGGAACUUCUUAA